AUGUGCACCGGAGAGGUGCGCGGUGGACGUGGCAGCUAUGUUUCACAGGGAGCUCCUGGUCAAGCUGCUGCACAUGUGGCUGCUGCACUUGAUGCUAGUGCUGUUGCGAUGGAACAAGGAGGCAGGCUGGGAGCAGCAGGAUCAGGCAGUGAUGCAGCCACAUCAAGACAUGAGGAUGGCAGCGGAACACCCGCAGCAAAAGAAGAAGUGGCAGAGAGCGAGGCAGCAGGGAGCUUGCAGGGAGAGGGGAUGAGGAUUGGUAGUGGGGAUUCAGAGGCAGUGUUCGGUGGAGAGAGUGAUGGGGGGCGUGUUCAGAUAGGGGCUGCAAUGCUGGAAGGGCAGAAUGGAUGGAAGGGACAGGCGUGGGCAUCAAGGGGAGGCGAGUGGGCGGCUGUGAAGCAGCAGUUGGAGUAG